AGUAAUAAUGGACUGCAAAAUGAAAACCUAUCUCCAAUGUAAAACGUUCCAAACAAGAUAGCCACCUCUUUGAUUUGCCAUUAGAUCGCGCUGUGUGUGAUUUUUCGAACUGUGUGUUGUAGUUUCUAUACCUGCCUGUGUCUUAUAUUGGUAUAAAAGUUUGAAUUUUUCACAUGUGAUGUAUUGAAGUGUUGGGCAAGGCUAUAUGGGCUCUUAAAAUAAUGAGAUGGUGGUGUAGAGACAGGGAGAAGAAGCUAUAUGUUCUUUCCUUUUGAUCAAAGUUGAUGGAAAAAGACAUUGUAAUAGGGAGGCAAAGAUGUGACAAACCCAAGAGAGAGAGAAAAAGAGAGUCAGCGUUUUGGAACUUGAAACAGUGGCAGCUAGUAGUUUGGUUGUGGAAUUUCUCACAAUUCUCUUCACUAUAUAUAAAGUGUUUUGCACUCAUAUUGCCUUGGUGUAUGCAAUCCUUGUGCCUGUUGUGGGAUCCAUAGCCCAAAAUUAAAGGUAUAUCUUUCUAGACCUGGCUCUAUCUGGCCUUAUCAACAAGAAUUCAAACAAUAACUAGAGGCCACAGAGAGGACGAAGAACAGGGUUUGCGAAUUCGUCUUUUGACAGAUGAGGAUAUUGAAUUGGAUGCAAGGGAAGAAGCCUAAUGGCAGAAAGGAGAGCAAAAGAACAACAUCAAAUUCAAUCAAGGAUGAGAUGGUGCACAAAACUCACUCAGAAGAAUUCACCAACUGGCCUCAUGUGUUGCUGGCGAUAGGAACGUUUGGAGAUGAGAAUCUGAAUCAAGCACGCCCAAAAAGGUCUCAAGAGAAUCCAUCAUCUUUCUUGCAACAACAUCUUCAAGAUCUUACACCUGAACAACUAAAUAUACUUCAAAAAGAGUUCAAUCAGUUAUUAGAUGAACACCUUGAGCAAUUGGGUCCAUCCUUGGAAUUUGAAGUCAGCAAGCAUUGUCCAUCAAACGUAUUUCUUAACAGACAAUUAAGCUUUGAAUCUGAAACAACAAAGAAUGAACUGUGUUAUGAUGAGCUGAUUAAGAAGAGCGAUAGUUUCCAGCAUGUCAUACUCCGUAAAGGCAAAGAUGUAGGUGUUGAAGCUAAUGACACUACAGUUAUUGGCAAAAGAACUUUAUCCCUCCUUCUCAAGAAGAUUUUCAUCUGUGGAGGUGGUACUGCUACCACACCUGCUGCAGUUACUCCUCCUCUGAGAAUCACAACUCUGGAAUCGAAAAUGGAGAAGGUAGAAUCCAGAACAUCCGUUAACGCUCAAAUCCUCAAAUUGCUGUUCUGGUGGGAUCAGUGUACAUAACAUUCGUAAUCUAAUAUUGAUAACUAU